UACACAAACCUGGUAGGGCGGGAAGCCAAAAAACAACGCAGACAGAUGCCCGACUCAAGCAUGAAUCUGCGGAAGGGUUCUAAGGUAUGGGUUGAGGAUAAGAAUUUGGCUUGGGUUGGAGCCCAAGUCAUUGAGUUUGCUGGAAAACAGGUUCAACUGCAAACUGUCACUGGGAAGAAGGUCUUAGCUUUCCCUGGAAAGCUGUUUCCGAGGGAUGAUGGUGAGGAGGAGCUUGGAGGAGUUGAUGAUAUGACUAAGUUGACGUAUUUGAAUGAGCCUGGAGUGCUUUAUAAUCUCGAGAGGAGAUACGCUCUUAAUGAUAUUUAUACAUACACAGGAAGCAUUCUGAUAGCAGUUAACCCAUUUACAAAGCUUCCUCAUCUUUACAAUGUGCAUAUGAUGGAGCAGUAUAAGGGAGCUCCUUUUGGUGAGCUAAGUCCCCAUGUUUUUGCUGUGGCUGAUGUGUCAUACAGAGCUAUGGUUAAUGAGAAUCGAAGCCAAUCUAUAUUGGUAAGUGGAGAAAGUGGGGCUGGGAAAACCGAGACAACAAAAAACAUCCUGUUUUAUCUCAAGUACGUGGAUGGCAGACUCUCGCCUGAUGGCCGAAAAUUGGGAAGGUUUCUGCUUACUUUAACCCUUAUACUUCAUUGUGGCAGCCGUUUUGGAAAGUUUGUUGAGAUCCAAUUUGAUGCCAAUGGUAGAAUAUCUGGUGCUGCAAUCAGAACUUACCUUCUUGAACGGUCCCGUGUAGUUCAGAUAACGGAUCCUGAGAGAAAUUAUCACUGCUUUUACCAGUUAUGUGCAUCUGGAAAGGAUGCAGAAAAGUACAAAUUAGAUCAUCCAAGCCACUUUCACUAUUUAAAUCAGAGUAAGACCUAUGAAUUAGAUGGAGUGAGUAGUGCUGAAGAAUACAUGAAGACAAGGAGGGCAAUGGAUAUUGUUGGUAUAAGUCAUGAGGAUCAGGAAUCUAUAUUUCGCACUCUGGCUGCUAUUUUGCAUCUUGGAAACAUUGAAUUUUCUCCUGGGAAAGAGCAUGAUUCUUCAGCUAUAAAGGAUCAGAGAUCUAAAUUCCACAUGCAGAUGACUGCUGAUCUUUUUAUGUGUGAUGUGAGCCUUUUGCUGGCAUCGUUAUGUACCCGUACAAUUCAAACCCGGGAAGGAAGUAUUGUUAAAGCUCUUGAUUGUUAUGCAGCUGUUGCUGUCCGGGAUGCACUGGCGAAAACUGUUUAUGCUCGAUUGUUUGAUUGGCUUGUUGAUAAGAUUAACAAAUCUGUUGGGCAAGAUCCAGAUUCACGUGUACAGAUUGGGGUUUUGGAUAUUUAUGGCUUUGAAUGCUUUAAGCGUAACAGUUUUGAACAAUUUUGCAUCAAUUUUGCAAAUGAAAAACUUCAGCAGCAUUUCAAUGAGCAUGUAUUCAAGAUGGAGCAGGAGGAUUAUCAGAAAGAGGAAAUUAAUUGGAGCUAUAUUGAAUUUAUAGACAACCAAGAUGUUUUAGAUCUGAUUGAGAAGAAACCCAUUGGGAUAAUUGCACUCCUGGACGAAGCUUGCAUGUUCCCAAAGUCAACAAAUCAUACAUUUUCGACCAAGCUGUUUCAGAAUUUCCGUGACCAUCCAAGGUUGGAGAAGGAGAAAUUCUCAGAAACAGAUUUUAUCAUUUCCCAUUAUGCUGGCAAGGUGACCUAUCAAACAGAUACCUUUUUAGAUAAAAAUCGGGAUUAUGUUGUGAUGGAACAUUGCAAUCUUUUGUCAUCAUCCAAAAGUCCCUUUAUUGCUGGUCUGUUCCCUUCACUUCCGGAGGAAUCUUCGAGAUCAUCCUACAAGUUUUCUUCUGUGGCCUCUAGAUUUAAGCAACAACUCCAAGCACUCAUGGAAACUCUCAACUCAACCGAGCCUCAUUAUGUUCGCUGUGUGAAGCCGAACUCUUUAAACCGACCACAAAAGUUUGAGAAUCUUAGCGUUUUACAUCAAUUGCGCUGUGGGGGUGUUUUGGAAGCUGUUCGGAUAAGUCUGGCAGGCUAUCCCACUCGAAGGACAUAUUCAGAGUUUGUGGAUCGAUUUGGACUAUUAGCUCCUGAAUUUAUGGAUUUGAGUCAUGAUGAAAGGGAGUUGACAGAGAAAAUUCUUAAGAAGUUAAAGCUCGAAAAUUUUCAGUUAGGGAGGACAAAGGUAUUUCUUAGGACUGGGCAGAUUGGCGUUUUGGACUCAAGGCGGGCUGAGGUUCUGGACAAUGCUGCAAAACUUAUCCAGCGUUGCUUUCGAACGUUUAUUGUUCGUAGGAAUUUCAUUUCCAUGCGGAUUGCUGCAUUUUCACUGCAAGCGUACUGCAGAGGAUGCCUUACGCGGAAGAUGUAUGCUAUGAAGAGAGAAACUGCAGCUGCUAUUUCAAUACAGAAAUUUGCCCGCAGGUGGUUGUUAAGGUGUUUUUACAUGAAACUACUCUCGGCUGCUGUUGUUAUACAGUCCAAUAUUCGCUGCUACUUAGCACGCAAAAAGUUUGUGCAUGUGAAGAAGCAUAGAGCUGCCACUUUGAUUCAGGCUCGUUGGAGGAUGCGGAAGUUCCGCUUAGCUUUACGUCACCAUCAAACUUCUAUCAUAGCAAUACAGUGUCUUUGGAGGCAAAAACUUGCAAAAAGACAGUUCCGAAGGCUUAAACAAGAGGCUAAUGAAGCUGGUGCUUUGCGUUUGGCUAAGAAUAAACUUGAGAAGCAGUUAGAAGAUCUCACAUGGCGUUUGCAACUUGAGAAAAGAUUACGGGUUACUAAUGAUGAAGCCAGGUUAGUUGAAAUAUCCAAACUUCAGAAAGCAAUGGAAUCACUGGGCCUUGAGUUAGAUGCCGCUAAGCUGGCAACAAUUAAUGAGUGUAACAAGAAUGUGGUGCUGCAAAAUCAAUUGGAAUUGUCAUUGAAAGAGAAGUCUGCUUUGGAAAGAGAACUUAGUGCAAUGGCCGAACUGAGAAAGCAUAAUGCAAUGUUGAGGAGUUCUAUGGAUAAAUUGGAAAGGAAGAAUUCGGCUCUGGAACUUGAACUUUCUAAGGCUAAGCAAGAUAGUACAGAUACAAUCAACAAGUUGCGGGAAGUUGAACAGAAGUGUUCUCAACUCCAGCUUAGUGUUCAGAGCCUUGAGGAAAAACUUUCACACUUGGAGGAUGAGAAUCAUGUCUUGCGGCAAAAAACACUUAGUGCAUCUCCAAAACGCAACCGUCCUGGUUUUGCAAAGUCGUUAUCUGAAAAACACACUGGUGCUCUUGUUUCCCUGACUGAUUGCAAGGCUGCUUUUGAGUCACCCACACCUUCAAAACUCAUUGCACCUUUGUCACAUAGCAUGUCAGAUUCCCGUCGAUCAAAAUUAGUAGCAGACAGAUACCAGGAGAACUAUGAAAUUCUGUCUAGGUGUAUCAAAGAAAAAUUGGGGUUCAAUAAUGGUAAACCUCUGGCAGCUUGUAUGAUAUACAAAUGUCUUCUUCGCUGGCAUGCCUUCGAGUCUGAGAGGACAGCUAUCUUUGACUUUAUAAUUGAAGGAAUUAAUGAUGUUCUGAAGGUUGGAGAAGAGGAUUCAGUUUUACCAUAUUGGCUGUCCAAUGCUUCGGCACUGUUAUGUCUUCUGCAGAGGAAUUUGCGAUCAAAUAGUUUUCUAACUUCUGCUGCUCAACGUUCUGUGGGCUCUGCUGGGUUAGCCGGGAGGGUUGUAUACGGCCUCAAAUCGCCUUUUAAAUUUAUUGGAUUUGAUGAUGGUACCUCACAUGUAGAAGCUAGAUAUCCUGCUAUUCUAUUUAAGCAGCAACUGACUGCCUGCGUGGAGAAGAUUUUUGGUUUGAUUCGCGACAAUUUGAAGAAAGAAUUAUCCCCACUGUUGGGUCUAUGCAUUCAUGCACCCAAAACUACACGAGGAGUUGGUGGAAAAUCAUCAAGAUCCCCCGGUGCCAAUCUGCAGCAGUCAUCAAAUACUCAAUGGGAUAGCAUCAUCAAAUUUUUGGAUUCUCUUAUGGCCCAUUUACGGGAAAAUCAUGUACCGUCUUUCUUCAUCCGUAAGCUCGUCACACAAGUUUUCUCUUUCAUCAACAUUUCACUUUUUAACAGUCUUCUCCUACGACGUGAAUGUUGCACAUUUUCAAAUGGAGAAUAUGUGAAAUCUGGUCUAGCCGAGCUGGAGAAAUGGAUAGCCAAUGCAAAGGAGGAGUUUGCAGGAACCUCUUGGCAUGAGCUAAACUAUAUUAGACAAGCUGUUGGAUUUCUGGUAAUACAUCAGAAGAGGAAAAAGUCUCUGGAAGAGAUCAAGCAGGAUCUAUGUCCAGCGUUGACGGUCAGGCAAAUCUAUCGAAUAAGUACUAUGUACUGGGAUGAUAAAUAUGGCACCCAGAGUGUGUCAAAUGAGGUGGUUGCUCAAAUGAGGGAAAUUUUGAACAAGGACAACCAAAAUCUAACAUCAAAUUCAUUCUUGUUGGAUGAUGAUCUGAGCAUUCCAUUCUCAGCUGAAGAUAUAGAUAAGGCAAUUCCUGCGUUUGAUCCUUCAGAUAUUGAACUUCCAAUUUUCCUCUCUGAAUAUCCAUCUGGGCAGUUUCUGAUCGAGCAUCAAAAGUAAAUAUUGAGCUUUGGCACUUUUGAUUACAAGUUUAUGCCUUCCUGGUGCAAAAAUGUGUUUGCUCCGUUACACAUUGGUUUAUAUGGGCAUUGAUGAGGAGAUAUUAGGUAAGACAUUUAUCCACAGAUUAAUUGUAGAGUUAAUCCCUGUAGAAAAAAGUAAGUCAUUGUUUGGGGAAUAGUCAUUGUUUCUGUUUUUUCUUGGAAGGAUGCUAUUGUUUUUGGCGGAGUUAUCCUUCCCAAGAGUGUACAUGUCAUAUGCCCUCUGAACAAGAUCCAUGUUGUAGCUAAUCAAAUGAUUUCGUAUUUUGUAAAUAUCUUAUCAAUUGAUAGUUUAUUUGACUAUCAUAGCAUUACA